AUGGAAACGUGUUCAAUGUGCGAAGCCGCGAGGAACGGGUGGCCCGAAGCGGAAGAAGGUCAAGAACUGUGUGCUGUGCAUGCGGUGCCAUCAACAGCGCAAGACGUGCCGCCACCUGCGAGGAAGCGAGGACGUCCGAAGGGAGCGAAGAACAAGGCGAAGGUGCAAGAUGUGCAAGGCGAGUCUACACCGAAGAAGCGUGGGCGGCCACCGAAGUCGUCGUCAAGUGCCAACAUGCCGUCAACGCCGUCAGAGGCGGACGUCACGCCGAUCCCAGUCGGGGUAUCCGAGUUUACACCCGACCACAAGUCCAUUCGAUCCGAGACAAUGUUUCGGAACGUGUCGUUCAGGCCGCUACGAGAGAUGCAAAUCCACAAGAACGACAAGAAGCUGCUCGCAUGCUACGCGGAUUGCCAAGACUUCAUGCUAAGUGGUGUGGUCACCGAUGUGCGCUACGUUGUUGAUAGCGAGAACGAUCCCGACAUCGACUCGCCGGGCAAGAACACGAAAGCCGAGGUCAAGGCGAUGGUGGCAUUGUACAAGAUCACUUGGAAUCACACACGGUUUCAGCGCGACGAGCCGUGGAUUACUGCGCGCCUGUUUUACUAA